UUUUACAUUGUUGAAAUAAAAUGUUGUCGGGCGUUAAUUGUUCACGUGUCUCUGAUGUGCAGAUUUAGGAUAACAGUUUCCCAGCCUCAAAAAGCUGCAGAAACGUCACGUGAGGCACCGCACGUUUUUGCGUACGCACCUUUUGUACAUGAGACCCCUGGACUUCAAACGUGAAGACGAAGAAGAAGAAGAAGAUGAAUUUUGGCCAAGUGGAGAUGCCGUACAACUUGUGCUGCGCGGGCACACUGUACCCACAAUGCACCCACACGAGUUUAACUAAAUCCUUCUUUUAGAUUUUCUACUUGAAUUUACCAAAGCAUCGACACAGGACGUUCAUCUCUACUUUUCCGGACUCAUACGCCAUUUAUUAAAUGUUUGUGUCCGGAUAAACUCGUCACGGUGCUCGUUGACGCUUCUCGAGCUAGCUUAGCUUCGCUCGCUAGCCGCUAACGGGGGGGGGGGGGGGGGGAGACACGUGCUAGUUAGCAUUAGCCGAGCUCAAGUGCAAAGUGUUUGCAUCGCCGCGCGAAAAUGUGCGCGAGAACGACAGCAAGGGACGCGGAGAAACUUUGCGGAAUAAAAGAGGAGAAGAAGCGACGACGCCAACUACUGGACGCGGUUUGCAAGCAGCCUCGCGUUGUGCUACACAGAGCAGACGUCAGUGAGUAUCUUCGUCCUGGGCAGCACGAGGCCGAGUUAACCCACGUCAAAGAGGAGGAGGGCCCAGAGCCUCUUCACAUUAAACAAGAGGCGCUGGAGACCACUCAUAUUAAAGAGGAAGAGGAAUCCGAGCCCCCUUGCAUUAAAGAAGAAGAGCAGGAGGGCGAAAUCACCAAAUUUCCAUUGACUGGUGUCAAUGUGAAGAGUGAAGAAGAUAAUGGAGAGCACUGUGGAGGAUCACAAGCGCACGACCUCUCAACUCCGCUAUCAGCUUGUGAUGACACAACAUCACACUCUUCUGACUAUGAUGAAGAUGAUGAUGAUGAAGAACAACACCCUCACGGUGAUAAGAAAUGUCACACUCGCAAGAAAUGUCUUAAAUGUUCUCACUGUGACAGAACGUUUUGCAACAAGUCAUCGUUGACAACGCACACGAGAUCACACACUGGAGAAAAACCUUUUGCCUGUUCAGUUUGUGAUAGAAGAUUCUCUUUAAAUACAAAUUUAACAAGACACACAAAAAUACACACUGGAGAUAAACCAUUUGCUUGCUCACUUUGUGGCAGACGAUUCGCUCAGAAGACCACUUUAACAAGACACACGAGAAGACACAAUGGAGAGAAACCUUUUACCUGCUCAGUUUGCGGUAAAGGAUGUGCUCACAAAGAAGAUUUAAUAAUUCACAGAAGAACACACACGGGAGAAAAACCUUUUUCCUGCUCAGUUUGUGGGAAAAGGUUUUCUUGCAAGUACAAUUUAAGCAUUCACACAAGAACACACACAGGAGAAAAAACGUUUUCCUGCUCAGUUUGUGGGAAAAAGUUUUCUUGCAAGUACAAUUUAAGAAUUCACACGAGAAAGCACACGGGAGAAAAACCUUAUGCCUGCUCCGUUUGUGAUAAAAGAUUCACAACAAAGUCACAUUUAACAAGACACGCAAAAACACACACUGGAGAUAAACCAUUUGCUUGCUCCAUAUGUGGUAGAAGAUUCACUCAGAAGGUAGAUUUAACAAGACACACGAGAACACACACCGGCGAGAAACCUUUUCCCUGCUCGGUUUGUGGUAAAAGAUUCUCUCAGAAUAAUUUAAUGCACUUCAGAACACACACAGGAGAAAAACCUUAUGCCUGCUCAGUUUGUGGUAAAAACUUUUCUUCAAAGCGACAAUUAACAAGACACACAAGAUCGCACACUGGAGAAAAACCUUUUCCAUGCUCUGUUUGCGGUAGAAGAUUCAGUAAUAAGGAUGAUUUAAAAGGACACACAAGAAGACACUCUAGUGAGAAACCAUUUGCGUGCCCGGUAUGCGGGAAAACGUUUUACAGAAAGUCAGAUUUAAAAACGCACACAAGAACACACACAGGAGAAAAGCCUUUUGCCUGCUCAGUUUGUAGUAAAAGAUUCACUGUCAAGGCACAUUUAAAAAGACACACAAGAACACACACCGGAGAAAAGCCUUUUGCCUGCUCAGUUUGUAGUAAAAGAUUCACUUUAAAGGCACAUUUAACAAAACACAGCAACACACACGGGGCAGAAAACAUUCAGUUGCGGUGUGUGAGAUAAAACGUUCCCUUGUGUGGGUCGUCAUAUGAGACACAAGUGUGCUGGUGAGGAGAGCAGCAGUCAAUAAAGCAGGGGAUCAGGGAAGGGAAUCGUUAACUCAUUUCCCACUCCCAAGUCACUUUAUAGACAUUUUUAGUUAAAAAUUCCGAUUUUUUUUUUUUUUUUUUUUUUUUUUUUUUUUUUUUUUAGACGUUUGACUAAACUUGAAGGAAUUCCAAAAGAGACGGAAAGUUGUCGUGACCACGCCCGAUGGCGCCAUAAAACGGACUGCAGGGCUCCUCUCACUGGCACAGCAUGGUUGACGGAUAACUGUUGAACAAUGGAAAAUGGUCACCGCCCCAGUGGUGGUUAGUGACACUGCCUGAGGACAUUAAAAUGACAUUGAAACCCUGCGUUUGUAACAAACCUUCAGGAAUGUUCUAAAUGUAUACCCUGAUGCCUGUGUGAUUGCGUUUUUACAGGUUGGCUUCUGAAUUUGUUCCUUCUGAAUGUGCCGCCGUGUGUGAUUAUCAACCUGUAAAAAUAUAUUGUGCCAAGAACACUAGUUUAGCGCCUGCGCGAGAGUUAUAACAAUCGUUUGUUAUAUUUCUUUCCUAAGCGUGGGAGAGUACAAAGUUGGAAGUCUUUUGGAUUGAUACAUGAUUUUUAAACCCAUUUUUGUGAGCCAAAUUGUAUAAUUGAAUCAUUGAAAUUAUUUUCUUUUUGUGGUAGAGUCCCUCUGUAUGUUAACCCAUAGUUUUAGAUGUAAUUAAAUGUCCUAUAAAAUUCCGCUUCCCGUCGUGCUUUGUGUGUGUUUGAGUUUGACAGUAAAACUCGCAUUUCAUUCAUGCCGCAGUGAGGUGAAUUUCCGGGUCUGAGAAAGCGUUUCGCGUCGAGUGGAAGCAAAGAAUACUCUGAGACAGGCGGUUGGGCUAAAUCAGGUUUAUUGAACAAACCUUUGUGUCUUCACAGCUGUUUUCGGGCUUAUAAAGUCUUGCAUCUGUGGGCGUACUCUUAAGUACCGCCCCUUAGGCCCGAUUGGUUCACUGAGGUUUGACUUUUACAGCUACUUCCUCUUACCUAUACUUGGUGUCACUUUUUGUCCUCCAGGUGGCCCUCUUAUCAUUGAAUCAACCGAAACCCCAAAGGAAUGAAGGAGUCCGGAUUUGACCCACCAAAUGGCGAUCGUAACCGUUGAUGUUGCACAAACAGCCCCCGUUCGUGGCUCGGUUCAUAGUUUACCAGGGGACGCGUUGUCCUGCAAACUGCAGGGGAGAUCUCUCGAGAAGCAUUUGGUACUCCCGAAUCAGUGGACAGUAUCCAGGGAGUUUUUUUUGUUUUUUUUAAUAAUGGUCUGUACAGUUGACUCAAGGCGGAGGAAUUCGAAAAGAACAAAGUAUUAAGAGAUGGGAAGUUACUGAACAGUUGUUUGAAUGAGGCACUGUGAAAAAGCUAUGAAGCUUUAAAAAAAAAAUAAUAAUAAUUGUUCAUUGAGGUUAAAAAAAAUAGUCAAGAUGUAAAAUGGGUGCUAUUUGUUAUUCCGGUAGAUGUGACUUUUGGAAAACUUUAUAGGUGAUUUUUGAUUUUUUCACUUGGAUCAAUGGAGAGAGUAUAUGAAUUAUAAUGUAAAAGAAUAUUUCAGCGCUGCUUCGAUAUUACGGUCAAAAAAAAAAAUCAAACAGCAGCUUUUUGCAUAGUAAGGUUUGUGGAAUGUGUGGAGGUGAACUCGUAAAUGGGGUUAGGGUGUCAAAUUAGGGUUUCAAAUCAGGGUUGUGGUUUUAAAUUUGGGUUUCAAAACGGUAAUAGUUUCAAAGUAGGGUUUCAAAACAGGGUUAUGGUUUUAAUGUAGGGUUUCAAAUAAAUGUUGGGUGUUUAUUGCAGGGAGGAUAACAUGUAAAUCCGAUAAGGGUGUGGGGGUGUGAUGCAGGAAAGCUCCCAGCAGGGUGCAUGUUGAUCCGGCAGGGAACAGAUGUCGGAGAAGACGAUGGCUGCGGGGGGGUUGCUGUAAACAUGAGAAGCAAGAAUGUGGAGACGGCGUCUGGAGCCAGCGGCAAAUGCCCAUCAUUCUGCAGAGCAAUGAUGACGUCAGUGGGCGCUGGACAAAUCAGACGACAGCGAUUCCAUACGUCCUCUUUGAAACAUUGUAUAAGUCUGGGGUAGAAUCAGAUAGUUUUUGUUUGGACUACUGCUAAGGCUAAGAUAGGGGUAGCUGCGGACCCAGACCUCUGAAGUAUGUAUAGACUCCUCCGUCAGGUAUAAUCGGGUUGCUUUUUAACACGUCGUUAUAAUUGUAGUUCUUUCACGAAAACGAACAUGCUAGGAACCGCGAGAGUUAAUAGGUGAUUUUAAACACAGGUUCCUUCAGUCACAACACAGAAUGAACUAACUUCAAAGUCAGAAAUGGCCAGUAAAAACAGAAAAAUAUCGGACUUAAUAUUUUCCUGGAGGAAGCAUUUCGGAUUAGCCUUUGAAGUUGGUAAUAGUGAAAAAUUAAGGAAAACGGACAAUGAGUUUAGUCAGUUCUUUUUCAGAAUGAGAGUGCUUAAAGAGGAGGAUGCUAUUCAUGUGGCACAGCUUCAAGCUGGCAUCAGGUGCAGAUGGAGAUGGGCGUGGCUCAAGUUGGCCAAAACAAAAAAAGCAAAGAAAUGAGGCAUAUUUAAUUUUAACCUGAAAUUUGUACUUCAACAUGUGUUGUAAAAAAAUCUCUGGAAAGACCUGCAAAUGGCUGCCCACCAACGUUCACCAUGCAACCUGACAGAACUGGAGAGGAUCCCCAAAUCCAGGUGUGAAAGACUUGUUGCAUCAUUCCCAAAAAGACUCAUGGCUGUAUUAGCUCAAAAGGGGGCUUCUACUAAAUACUCAGCAAAGGCUCUGAAUACUUACGGUUGUGUGAUAUUUCAGUUUUUCUUUUUUCAUAAAUCUUCAAUAAUUUCAACAAUUCCGUUUUUUUCUGUCCAUAUGGGGUGCUGUGUGUACAUUCAUGUGGGAAAAAAAUGAACUUAAAUGUUUUUAGCAAAUGGCUGCAAUAUAACAAAGAGUGAAAAUUUUAAGGGGGGUCUGAAUACUUUCCGUACCCACUGUAUAUUUGUAUAUAUUGGUGUAAACGAUGUCAAUAACAGAGGUCUGUCUAUAUUUGACAGUUUUGUGAAUAGCAGUUAUUGUUUUGAUAUCUUCAAUGAAAUGAUAAAUAUUAGAAAAUUUUUGGUGCAAUAACUUUACAAAUGUUUCUCUCAGAUGGGUCGCAGCAGUUGACACAAGCGAUUGAUCCAUCAAAGCGUGAAGCCACUUCGCCACUCACUCACUCGCUCGUUAAUCACUCGUUUGACAGAAGCGGGAUUCUCUCAUUUUUUCUUAUCAUUGAACUAGAACAGAUGGUGAAUUAUUUUGUUUUGUUUUAAAACAGCACCACAGAUCACAAACACACCACAGAUAGACAAGAGAGA